AAUAGAACAAGAAAGAGAAAAAUCAAAAUCAAAUGGUUUCCAAGAACUACAACCACUUAACAUGCAGUGUUGUUGUAAAGAUUGGUAAAAGCAACACAAUGCACAGUGUUGACUAUUCAACAAUAACAAUCUUCUUCCUAUUUUAUGGGGUCGUCUUCUCCCACGUUAACCAUGAUGCACCAAAAAGCAUAUUAGAAUGUUUGAUAGGAUAAUAAUAAUAAUAAUACACCAUAACAAAAAUUCCCUUUGAAUUCUUCUUAUUCCUAUUUUCUCUGUGCUUUCUGCACCAAAAGGUAGAUAAAGUUUUAACAGUGGAAAUUCUUGUGUUUGAUAAAAAGAAUCAAGAGAUGUAUUCAAAGAGAGAGAACAUGGAAGAUGACAAAGAAGAACAUGGUUAUUUAGAAACCGACCCAACUGGUCGAUAUGGCAGGUUUGGAGAAGUUCUUGGAAAAGGGGCAAUGAAGACAGUGUACAAAGCAAUUGAUGAAGUUCUUGGGAUAGAGGUAGCAUGGAACCAGGUGAAGAUCAACGAGGCGCUUCGAACGCCGGAUGAUUUGCAGCGGCUAUACUCGGAGGUUCAUCUUCUAAGCACCCUCAAGCACCAAUCCAUCAUAAGAUUCUAUACUUCUUGGAUUGAUGUUGAGAACAAGGCCUUCAACUUUGUUACAGAAAUGUUCACUUCAGGAUCACUAAGAGAAUACCGGAAGAAAUAUAAGCGAGUCAGCAUACGAGCGAUAAAGAAUUGGGCUCGGCAAAUCUUAGAGGGUCUUGUUUAUCUACAUGGCCACGAUCCGCCAGUGAUCCAUAGGGACCUAAAAUGUGACAACAUAUUUGUCAAUGGCCAUCUUGGACAGGUGAAAAUCGGAGACCUGGGACUAGCUGCGAUUCUUCGCGGCUCGCAGUCGGCACACAGUGUUAUAGGCACGCCAGAGUUCAUGGCACCGGAAUUGUACGAGGAAGAAUACAAUGAACUUGUUGAUGUGUACUCAUUUGGAAUGUGUUUAUUGGAAAUGCUCACAUCUGAUUAUCCAUAUUGUGAAUGUACUAAUCCAGCACAGAUAUACAAGAAAGUAACAUCGGGAAAGUUACCAAUGGCAUUUUUCCGAAUUGAAGACAGCGAAGCACAGAGGUUCAUCGGAAGAUGCCUGCUACCGGCGGCGAAGAGACCAUCAGCAAAAGAUUUGUUGCUUGACCCUUUCUUUGUGUCUGAUGAUUCUUCAUCAUCGUUAACAAAGUUUGGAAUUCAGAACUAUUCACUUUUGAAUAGUGAGAUGGAAAAGCUGCAACUGAGCGAUGCUUUGCCUAGAACUGAAAUGAAAAUCACAGGGAAGCUGAAUCCUGAUGAUACCAUCUUUCUCAAAGUGCAACUUUCUGAUAAGGAUGGUUCCGUGAGGAAUGUAUAUUUUCCGUUUGAUAUUGUGAAUGAUACUCCGAUGGAUGUUGCGACGGAGAUGGUGAAAGAACUGGAGAUUGGUGAUUGGGAGCCUUUUGAAAUUGCGAAUAUGAUCGAUGGCGAAGUAUCUGCUCUGUUACCACGACGGAGGGCGAGUAAUCAUGAUGAAUACGACGACGACGGAGGAUCUCAUCAUUAUUUUCGCUCCUUCUCUUCUUGCUCCUCCUCCCAAGACUCAAUGGCAAGUCUUGUUCCAUUAUCUGAGGCCAUGCCUAAUGAAUAUUACUGGCUCCAUGAUGAUUUAUUUGACGACACUAGUUCACAAGGAACGUAUUCCAACCUGAACUAUCAUUCAGCAGAUGAACUUGACUAUGUCUAUAAUAAUUUACCUUCUUCUACCAAGAAGGACAAAAUCCCCAUCAUGAAGAGUACUCACAAGUGCACAAGAUUUUCCCCACAAGAUUUAUUUCCAACUUCAUCACAACUAGCACCCUAUAGUAGUAGCGUCAAGGGUAAGAGGGUGAUGGAGAAUGGUGGUAGCAGUAGUAGAUUGACAAGGAACAGGUCAUUGAUCGAUAUAAGGAGCCAAAUGUUGCACAGAUCAUUGGUUGAGGAAGUGCACAAGAGAAGGUUGUUUAAGACUGUUGGUGCUGUUGAGAAUAUUGGAUUUCAAGCACCUUGUGAAGUUGAGAACGACAAGAACCAUUCAAGGAGUGCCAAGGGAGAAAAUGUUGCCAUAUAAGGGAAUGUACUACAUCUUACAUGCACCAACAUAAUUCAAUGGUGUAAAAUUAUGUUAACAUUUAUACUGUUGGAUUAUUUUAGUGUGUGAUGAGUGCAUCUUCUUUUAUUCAAAAUUAAAAUGUAUGAAAUGCAUGCAUAAGCUUGUGUUUUCAUAGGGUAUCAAAUUUCUAAUGAAUGAAAGGAAUGUUGAUCUUCAAUUUAA